AUGGAUCGCCAAGUGAUAGGAAGGGGCCGUGGGAGACCCACUAGACAACACCCGGAAGCUGGUAGAGAUAGAGAGCCCGAGGUCAAUCCAGACCAAGGGCAAGAGGGAGGGGCCGGAGACGGAGUGACCACCGCUAUUAACCGUAUCACUGACGUCCUAGAGCGCUUGACUGAACACCAAGCUGCUGGACCAGUGCGUCAUCCAGGAGGUCCCGCCGAUUCCGACGACCGGGCACUGGAGAGGUUUCUAAAGUUUGGACCUCCUAAGUUCUACGGAGGAUCUGAACCUGAAAUAACUGAGGGAUGGUGGGAGAGAAUCUCUGACAUCUUCGCAGCUUUGAACUACCCGGAAGAGCGGCAGGUAACUUUUGCCGCAUUCCAGUUUGAGGGAGCUGCUCGCUCCUGGUGGAAUCUGGUUAGGACUAACUGGGACAGGAAUCAUACUCCAAGAACUUGGGCAAACUUCACAAGGGAGUUCAAUGUCAAAUUUCUUCCACCGCUCAUCCAAGAAAAGAGGGAGGAUGAUUUCAUAAAAUGUAAGCAGGGGGCGAUGAGUGUCGCCGAGUAUGAAAUCCACUUCACCAAGCUAUCUCGAUUUGCUCUCGAAUUGGUAGCCACGGAGCAAAGGCGAGUCAGAAGGUUUGUGCAGAGUUUGAAUGUAGAAGUGCAGGAAGGUUUAGCUGCCGUGAGGAUAGAUACUUUCGCGGAUGCCGUCGAGAAAACCCAGAGAGUGGAAGUAGCUAGGGCUCAAGUGAAAUCUUUUCAGGCCAAGAAAAGAUUUGCUCCUAGCAGCAGUCGGGAACCGACGUAUGGCAAUGCUCCACCGGCCAAAGUAGGCCGAGGAACCAUUGGAGUGAAUAGUCCUGGAGCACCACGAGGCGUCCACGCAAGAGAAAACGGGGCCAGGAAUGCGGGAGGACGAAAUAACGGAACCAGAGUGGGACCGAUUGGAAGGGGACAACCUAGAAAUACCUCGCAGGGGGGUCGAACAAUAGUUCCCCAAAUGAACUGUGCAUUUUGUAAGGAACCUGGCCAUACUAUAGAUGGUUGUUGGAAGAAGUUAGGGAAGUGUUUGAGAUGCGGCAGUAGCGAGCACCAAAUUGCUGGAUGUCCCAAAAUGCAAGGUGGGACUACCCCAAACGCUAGACCAAACACCUCUGGAGGAGGCCGGCCGACAGUUCCUGCUCGAGUGUAUGCUAUAGGUGACCAACCUGUACCUGAUUCCUCGGAGAUGGUGGAAGGUACACUUCCGAUUUUUCACCGAUUAGCUAAAUUAUUGAUUGACCCCGGUGCAACCCAUUCAUUCGUAAAUCCAUCUUUUAUGUCUGGAAUAGAUGUGCAACCUGUUAGAUUACUCUUCGACCUUGAGGUUAGGACACCCAUGGGUAAUAAGAAUGUAAUCAUUAGCUUGGCUUAUAAGAAUUGUGAGUUCUGGAUUAGAGAGCGUAAAAUGCUGGUGGAUCUGAUCAGUCUGGACAUAAAAGGUUACGAUGUUAUAAUAGGAAUGAAUUUUCUACGCCGUUAUCAUGCUAAACUUGACUGUCGAGCAAAAGUGGUGGAAUUCUGUAUACCUGGUGAAGCAACCCUGAGGUUAGAUGUCAAGGGUAGGUUAGCAUCAUCUGCUAUGAUCUCAGGAAUUCGAGCAAGGAAAAUGUUGUCUAAAGGAGCGCAAGGUUUUCUAGCCUUUUUGAUAAACGCUCCCAGUGAUCAAGUGAAACUGGAGGAUGUACCAGUGGUACGGAAAUUUCCGGAUGUCUUUCCCGAAGAGCUAAGUGCUCUACCACCGGAAAGGGAAGUGGAAUUUAAGAUUGACUUGAUGCCUGGAACGGCUCCAAUUUCUAAGAUCCCGUAUCAAAUGGCUCCUGCCGAGCUAAAAGAAUUGAAGCUUCAAUUACAGGACCUGUUGGAGAAGGGUUUUGUUAAGGAAAGUGAUUCACCUUGGGGGUCAGUGGUCUUCUCUAAGCUGGAUUUAAGGCAAGGGUACUAUCAGUUGAAGAUCAGGAAGGAAGAUAUACCUAAGACUGCUUUUAGUACCAGAUACGAACAUUUUGAGUUUGCAGUCAUGCCUUUUGGAUUAACCAACGCACCAACUGCUUUCAUGGACCUAAUGCAGAGAAUUUUUAAGAAAUAUCUGGACCAGUUUGUAGUGAUUUUCAUAGAUGAUAUCUUGAUUUACUCUAAGACUCGAGAGGAGCAUGCUAAGCACUUAGGGGUGAUUUUGCAGAUACUAAGAGAACAUAAGUUGUAUGCCAAAUUCAGCAAGUGUGAGUUUUGGUUGACUGAAAUAUCUUUUCUAGGGUACAGAGUUUCUGAAGAUGGAAUUACCGUGGAUCCGGCAAAAGUUGAGGCCGUUAUGAAUUGA